UGCCUGACGAUUGAUCAUGCCCGUUGCGCCGCCGUCCGUGGUGCCUCCCAAGCCAGCCCACACGAUGUCGUCGUCGCAAUCCAUGGCCGAGUACUACCAAAAAAGCGCUCAGUAUGCGCCUGUGGAGGUUUCCCAGGAUCGCGACGACGACACGAGUCAUCGCUCGGCCGCGACGUCGAUGCUCUUUCGAUUGUGUCUGUAUGGGUUUUUCAUCGAACUCAAGCCAUCCGAGGCGUACCUCAACACUUUCUUGACCAGUGAAAAGGGCUUCUCCAACCAAGUCACAAAUGACGACAUCUACCCGUGGUUCACAUACGGCCAAAUGCUCAUGCUCGUGGCGAUGCCGCUCUUCGUCGAGCGCUUUCAAUACCGCACGGUGCUGCUCAUCGAGUCCGUGGGCUUUCUCUUCACGCGCCUCUUGCUUCUCUGGGCCACGUCGCUGUUUUGGAUGCAAGCCAUGCAAGUGACGUACGCCGUUGGCACGGCCAGCAAAGUCGUGUACUUGUGCAUGAUCUACCGAGAAGUCAAGCAGGAAGAGUACCAUCGCGCGACGGCUGUGGUGUGGGCGGCGUCGCUUGGCGGACAGUUCGCCGCGGGCGUCCUCGGCCAAAUCCUCGUCUCCUUCCAUGCUAGUCUGUGGCUGCUCAACUACAUUUCCCUCGCCAACGUGUGCGUGGCGUUCGUGGUGGCACUCUACGUGCCUGAACAUGCCGACCUACUGCUGUCCACCACGAGUGCGGCGACCCCCGCGACGUUCUCCAGCCACCAUCCUCCGUCAUCCAACCAAGCCAUCCAGGCCCGGCGGCUGAAGCGGGCGCGGCUGGCCGAGCGAGCGCGGACUUGGCGGUGGACCAACGUCCUGGCCGUGAGCUGGAUCGCGUUCAAGUGCUGCGAGAGCCUUGUGGUCAACUACAUUCAAAACCAAUGGACGAGCUUUCAUGUCCAAGAUACGUCCAACGGACUUGCCACGGCGCUAUAUACCGCCAGUGGGGCCAUCGUGUCGUGGUUGUUGGCGUGCUCGGAUCGACGGUCGAACCCCAAGGGACUGCAAUGGUUUCUCUUUUGCGGAGGGAUCGUGCUGUUGUUACUGUCAUUCAGCCAAACGGUAGCUCCAACGCUCACGUCGUCGUAUGUGAGCUACGUUUUGUACGGAUGCGCGUACUAUGCGCUGAUCACAACGGUGAGUGCGGAAUUGGCCAAACAAUGCACGACGAACGAAUAUGCCAAACAAUUUGCCCUGGUCGCGUUGGGGGCUGCCGUCUUGGAAACGGUCGUGACGUUCUUGUUGCAAGGGACGAGUACCCACACAACUACGUGGUGGUUUGGGGGUAUUACUAUGGUACACUGUCUGCUUGUGGUAUUUUAUGUGCUGGCGUUUGGCCGAGUCCGCCACGACGACGUUCCGACCUUGCCAGUCGAAAGCACCCUGCCCUUGCACAUCGUGUAACCUUGAUAAUAACUGCGCUGCACCUACACUUUUA